AUGGCAAGGCUCACAACGAAACAGGCCUUGGUUGUCACUGGUUUGAUGUUUAUAAACAUAUCCGAUGGAUACAUAUAUGGUCAAAUGUCUGGAAUGAUUGAUGCUCUUCGAGCUCCAAACAGUGCAAUACCCGUAACAGACGAAGAUAUUUCUUGGAUAGACCAAUACAUUGGACGAAGGAAAUCUGUCAUGUUAUUUAGCUCUCCUAUACUCGCGACAUGGAUUAUUUUGUAUUAUGCACAAAGUAAAACUGUGUUGCUGAUCUCUCGUGUGAUAGUCGGAGUAUUUUUUGGAAGUGUUAUAACUGUAUCGUAUAUUAAUAUAGGUGAAUAUAUAUCUUCGAAAAAUCGAUCAUUUUAUACAAAUCUAGUUUGUGGAGCUGGACCGAUAAUUGGUACAAUGAUAGGACAUGUUUUAAGUAUUUUAUUGCAUUGGAGACACGUAGCGCUUAUUGGAAUAAUUCCUACGAGUCUGUCAAUUAUUCUCCCAAUGUUUUGGGUGGAAAGCCCAUCAUGGCUUGCUUCCAAAGGGCGAUUCGAUGAAUGUAGAGUGGCGUUCAAAGCUCUGCGCGGUUUCAGCGAAGAGGCCUGCAAUGAAUUGGACCAACUAAUCUCUCACGAAAAGUCUAAACAAAGAAGUUAUUCCGUGGAAAAACGGAACACAAUGUUGGCUAAAUUAAUAACUGCUUUUAAAACUAAAUCUUUCUGGAAAGUUAUGGGUUUGAGUAUCGUCAUCGGCGACAAUGGUGCUGCUGGGUCGUAG